AGGCCUGUGGACGCGUCCAAUCCGCGUCGCCAUUCACCCUCACCCUGGCCGAGGGCCAGAUAGUGGCCUCCUGUGAGGAGUCAGGUAUAUAUACACGGCUGCAGUCGCCUAGUACUUGCGUGCUACUGUCUCAUUUGCCCUACGACGUAUCUGCCUAAGGUUCUUUUCGAGUCGUCUACUUGCCUACUCAGUUUCGUAUGCUUGCUGCCUACACACUGCACAUAUAAGUAUCAACAACAUCUCUCCGCACAGUACCGCACUCUUCAUAUUUCAUCAUGUUCUCAUCAAACCGCACACGUCACCAGGAAGGCAGCUUUUCGAAACAUCGCGCAACCAAGUCUAAAUCACACAAGAAGAACCCCUCGUUCAGGGAUUCGCCGAGGAGAGUAGAGAGGCUAGCACAACAUGCCCAGGCAUCAUCACCACAAUCGAAUCAAACAUCGCCGUCGCUAGGCAGUGCCAUCAUCACCAUAUCCGUCGGCCGCGAACAGCGACUCUUCGCAGCGCACGAAGAUGUCCUAUCUCACUCUCCUUGGUUUCAAACCCUCUGUAGCGGCCAGUUCUUUCAGACUACCAACAAGCGCAUCGACCUACCUGACGAAGAACCCGAAGUCUUCUCAUCGAUUCUUGAGUAUCUCUACAAGGGCGACUACUACCCGCGCAUGGAGUACGACAAGAAACGAAACAGCUGGAAUCUUGAAGACGGCGGCAACACCAACAAUACACAUGAAGCUGUCGUCCAGUCCUCGGUCGGACCGAUACUGAAAGAUACCGUCAUUUACUGUCAAGCUGACAAGUACGGGUUACAAGAACUAAAAAAGCUUGCGUUGAAGAAGCAAGGUCUCCAGUCAGGCAUUCAGUGCUCGACUAUUCUGACAUCUGCCCGUUAUGCCUACGCCAACACUCCUGACAACGAUUCGAAGCUCCGUGCACACUACCUCGCGCUCAUCAUCCGAGCCAGACACACCUUCAAGCGCAGCGGCACUAUGCAGAAUGAGAUGGAGAACGGCGGCAAGCUCUUCUUCGACUUGUUCGUUGCCAUGGUUAACCACAUGGACGACCUGUCAUCACCUUCAAUCCGCUGAAGCUUUCCGCUUACAGCAGCCCCACUUCCUUGGAUCCGACUAAUGAUUUCACUUGUCUGUCUUUUCUUGCUCUUCUUGUACAUACACUUUCCGUUUGAGCCUCGCGGCUAUGCCUCAUCUCUUUACUGGGCUCUUCUUCGGUUACGGUCUUGAUCCUGCACGGCGUUACAGUUUGAACAUACCUUUCUGGCACUCACUCACGCCACUGUUGUACUACUAUACUUAUCUCUUUGCCUAGGUUGGGUUUCAUUUGACUUUCGCGCCUUCUGCAUUGGCCUUGAAGUUGCCUCGAUAUGCAGGCCUUCGUCACAUCGGUUUGACUCUCAAGACACAAAAUUAUCGUGGGUGACCAUCGUCACUCGAUUAUUCUGCGUUUAUCUUCCUCUUAGUCUCUAUAUUUCGCGUCUGAGGUAUUCUUUUUUGCAGCAGGGCUGCACCAAAUUG